GACACACAACACACAACACACAACAAUUUAAAGUAACUUUGAAUUGGAGAUGGUAACUUCAAAAUUAGGACAACCACAACCACAAUCGCAACGCUGAGGAAUGACAAUGUCGACCGUGCUCAUGUCUUCCUUUUCCUUCACUCCGUCCACUAUCUUCGCUUGUUCUUCAUCUCCAGAUAAUUCUAAAUCUCCGAAUCCAAAAUCCGUGAAAAUCCGACCUGAUUGGAGAGAAAAAUCUCGACCAAUUCCUCCUGGUGGUACUUACCCUGCUAAAGAUCACUGCAGUCGAUGUGGACUUUGUGAUACCUAUUACAUUGCUCAUGUGAAGGAGGCAUGUGCUUUCUUGGGAGAUGGCAUGUCUAGAAUAGAAACUUUGGAGCCCCUGGUCCAUGGGAGAGGCAGGAAAGAGGAUUCCCUUGAUGAGACAUAUCUAGGAGUCUAUGAGGAUCUAUUGUAUGCUCGUAAAAUAAAACCUGUCGAAGGAGCACAGUGGACGGGUAUAGUGACAACUAUUGCUGUUGAAAUGCUUAAAGCAGGCUUGGUUGAAGCAGUUAUCUGCGUGCAGAGUGAUCCAGAGGAUAGAUUCAGUCCAAGGCCUGUAUUAGCUAGGACACCAGAUGAAGUAAUUGCAGCGAAAGGUGUUAAGCCAACUUUGUCUCCAAAUCUUGACACACUUGCCCUAGUUGAGGCAUCUGGUGUAAAGCGUCUUCUCUUCUGUGGUGUUGGCUGUCAAGUGCAAGCACUGAGAUCGGUGGAGAAAUAUUUGAAUUUGGAAAAACUGUAUAUUCUUGGCACCAAUUGCGUGGACAAUGGAACACGAGAAGGACUGGACAAGUUUUUAAGAGCUGCAAGCAGCGACCCAGACACAGUGCUUCAUUAUGAAUUCAUGCAAGAUUACAAGGUCCAUUUGAAGCAUUUGGAUGGCCAUAUUGAAGAAGUCCCAUACUUCUGUCUACCAGCCAAUGAUUUGGUUGAUGUCAUUGCCCCAUCCUGCUAUAGUUGUUUUGACUACACAAAUGCAUUGGCGGAUUUGGUAGUAGGAUAUAUGGGAGUUCCAAAGUAUUCUGGCACCAGCAUGACACAACAUCCACAGUAUGUCACUGUAAGGAAUGAACGUGGUAGAGAGAUGUUGAGCCUCAUUGAAAACCUCAUAGAAAUUACUCCCACUAUGAGCAGUGGAAAUAGGCGUCCAUUUGUAGUGGAGACUGUUAAAGCAGAUGAUGAUGCUAAAUUUGGGAUGGGGCCUUCUCAGCCUGCUCCAAAAUUUAUUGGAAAUCUGAUUUCAGCUGUCCUUAACUUUAUUGGGCCAAAAGGUUUGGAGUUUGCCCGUUACUCACUUGAUUAUCAUACCAUUCGGAACUACCUGCAUGUAAAUCGUGCCUGGGGGAAGGAGAGGGCCACUAAGCAUGUACCUUCAUACGCAAGGAAACUUGUUGAGAUGUACAAUAACACUGGUGAAAUUGACAAGAUGAUUUCCAGAUCAAGGAGUGGAUAAUAUAUUAUUAAACAGAACAAUUCUGCUUAUCCAGAGGUUUAGCAUGUGAGUUCAUUAAUCUAGGUCAGUUAAUCCAAUGUGUAGCAUGAAACAUUCUUCUGGAAAAGUAUUUUUUUCCGUUUUGGCCUAGUUAUGCAGCUGUACUACUUUUUUUUAUUGGUUAGUUUUACUUGUACAUAGAAAGGCUUAUCUUCUAAAAGCACAUUAUGCUAUCACAAUUUCUUUUCCCAAAUUCUGUCAUGAAUUCAUGAUUAGUGUCCAUGUCCUGUUUGAACCUGUUUUUCUGUGUAUUCUUUAUUAUGAUCCAUAAUUUAAAGUC